ACCAAAAUCAUUUGCUCCAAUUAACGCUAGCUCCUAUUAUCACUAUACAAGUUCAAGAAAAUGUUUAAAGUCCAACAUAGACGACCAUCCACCACUCUAAGCACAUAUACUCCACGUGUCCCCAUCGUCCGGCGACCAAAGGCCAUCCCCGGCACGAAAAGGGAUGGUAACAGACGUAACAUGUCAUCGGUGGCCCGGUUUUCCAGUCAGUACUGGAAUAGGGCCGCCGGUGACCGCAUGGGGAUACGUGCAGUGAAUAAUAUUAAUACGGAGAGUGUUAUUAAGACGGGUGUAGAAGUUGAGUCGAAGGAGGUGGUUUCAAUUGUAGAAAAUGGAGGAGGAAUAGAAGUGAGUGCAGUGGUGAUGCUAAAGAAGAAUAUGAAAGAGAAGAUAACAGAUAAGAUUGGAAAUUGGAUUGAAUCAAUGACAAGAGGAAUAAAUGGUGGUGCAAUAUUGAUCCAGCUCGUUAGCGAAGAUAUUGAUCCUGAUACCAACUCUGGGAAAAUUUUAGAAUGCUAUGCUGGGAGUUGGUUGCCAAAGGCAUCAGACAACCCGUGUAUAGUUGAAUACACAGCUAAUUUCACGGUGCCAAGUGAUUUUGAACGUCCUGGAGCUAUCAUCGUCACCAAUUACCAUGACAAGGAGGUGCACUUAGCGCAAAUUGUAAUUCAUGGUUUUGGUGAAGGUCCAAUAACUUUUCCUGCAAAUACAUGGAUUCAUUCUUGGAAGGAUGAUCCUGAUAGUAGAGUUAUCUUCAGAAAUCAGGCAUGUCUACCAUACCAAACAGCCCCUGGCAUAAGGGAUCUUCGUCAGGAAGCCUUGCUGAAGAUUCGUGGUAAUGGAAAUGGUGAGAGAAAAAGACACGAACAAAUUUAUGACUAUGCACUGUAUAACGAUUUGGGUAAUCCUGACAAAAGCAAUGAUCUAGCUCGACCUGUAUUUGGUGGUGAAGAGAGAUCUUAUCCUAGGCGCUGUCGAACUGGGAGACCGCCAACUAAAACAGAUCUUUGUGCAGAGAGUAUAGCAGAUUCACCUCAUCCAGUUUAUGUUCCUAGAGAUGAAGCCUUUGAAGAAAUUAAGCAGGAUACACUUUCUACCAAACAGAGGAAUGGUCUCAUGCACAACCUGAUACCAUCUAUUGUUGCCAAAUUCUCGAGCCCAGAUACUCCCUUCAACAGCUUUUCUGACAUAGACAAGCUAUACGUUGAUGAUAUUGCCUUGAAAGAUAAAAACCAAAAGGAGAAUUUGAUCAAUCAAAUACUUUCUGCUGCUGAAAGAUUGCUCAAGUUUGAGAUUCCUGUUAUCAGGCGAGAUAGAUUUGCAUGGCUACGAGACCAUGAAUUUGCACGCCAGACUUUGGCAGGGGUUAAUCCUGUUAGCAUUGAACUACUUAAGGACCUUCCAAUUCUCAGUAAACUGGAUCCACAAGUUUAUGGUCCUCCUGAAUCAGCAAUUACAAAGGACCUAAUAGAACCAGGGCUCAAUGGAAUGAAAAUCGAGGAGGCAAUUGAGAGCAAGAGGCUGUUUAUACUUGACCACCAUGACAUGUUCCUGCCAUAUAUUGAGAAUAUAAACUCCUUGCCUGGAAGAAAAGCUUAUGCCUCCAGAACAGUUCUCUUACACACACCAAAAGGUAUUUUAAUGCCAGUCCUUAUUGAGCUCUCACUUCCUCCAACUCCUACUUCACCAAGGACCAAGCGCAUAUUUACUCCUGGACAUGAUGCUACAAUUGAUUGGCUUUGGAAGCUAGCUAAAGCGCAUGUUUGCACCAAUGACGCAACCAUUUUUCAAAUGGUUAAUCAUUGGAUGAGAAUCCACGCAUCUGCAGAACCAUACAUUAUUGCCACCCAUAGACAGCUAAGUUCUAUGCACCCAAUUUACAAGCUGCUCCACCCUCAUAUGCGCUACACAUUGCAAGUCAAUGCUUUUUCUAGGAAAACUUUUAUAAGUGCAGAUGGAAUUGUUGAGGCACUCGACUGCGCAGGGAAGUACGGGGUGGAUUUAAGCUCUACUGCCUACAAGAACCUAUGGCGGUUUGAUAUGGAAGCAUUGCCUGCUGAUUUGGUUAGAAGGGGCAUGGCUGUGGAAGAUCCAACAGCGCGAUGUGGAGUGAAACUUGUAAUUGAGGACUAUCCUUAUGCAGCUGAUGGCCUUCUCAUAUGGUCUGCAAUAAAAGAACUUGUGGAUUCCUAUGUUGAGCGCUAUUAUUCUGAGCCAAAUUCUGUCAUGUCAGAUGUUGAGCUCCAAGGUUGGUGGAAUGAGAUCAAGAACAAGGGACACCCCGAUAAGAAAGACGAGCCUUGGUGGCCAAACCUUGCUUCUAAAGAGGAAUUGUCUGGCAUACUUGCCUCAAUGAUUUGGGUUGUUUCUGGUCACCAUUCAGCUAUAAACUUUGGACAGUACCCGUUGGCAGGCUAUGUGUUGCAUCGCCCCACCAUAAUGCGGAAACUCAUUCCUCAAGAAGAAGAGCCUGAGUACAAGCAAUUUCUUCUUGACCCCGAGCAAACGUUUCUGUCAUCUUUGCCUACUCAAUUUCAGGCAACCAUGUUGCUAGCAGUUCAAGAUGCUGUAUCGACACAUUCUCUAGACGAGGAAUACUUGCCUCAGCUGCAACAGCUUCACAGCUUCUUAAACAAUGAUCAAGAAGUAAUAAAAAUGUAUGAACGGUUCUCUGCCAGAUUGAUCGAGAUCGAGCAGACUAUAAAAGAAAGAAAUGAGGAUGCAAGUCUUAGAAACCGGUGUGGUGCUGGUAUUGCUCCCUAUGAACUGCUUAUACCCUCAUCAGCAGGUCCUGGUGUAACUGGUAGGGGUGUUCCUAACAGCAUAAGUAACUAAUCAAGUUUAUUUGCUU